UUUUCGAAGGACGUCAAGAAUUUUCUUCUUAUAAAUAGUCUGAUUUUGUGAUAAAAAAAAAAAAUGUCCAGUACUUGAAAUUUAUGAGAAAAAGAAGAAAAAAAAAUUCCUUGAUUUAGGAAAAAAAAAUUAUUUUCAAUUUUAUACCGAAGAAGAAGCUAAAAUAGCAAUGGAUAAUUUGUUAUUAAUAAUAUCGAUAUUUAUUUUGUCAUUCGAUAUUAAAACUCGUGCGGAGGACGACACUCUAGUGAAUAUUUCCGAUGGUUUACUUAAGGGGACAAUAAUUACAUCGAGAAAUGGAAGAAAUAUUUCUGCUUUUUUAGGUGUACCAUAUGCUGAACCGCCAAUUGGAAACUUGAGAUUUAAAAGUCCAGAACCAAUAAAAAAAUGGAAGGAAAUUUAUUAUGCAAAUAAAGAGGGUAACGCUUGUCCUCAACCAGUUAAUGGAAAAGUUGAUGGAAAAGAGGAUUGUUUAUAUUUAAAUGUUUUCACUCCAAAAUUAAAAUUUAAUGAAUUAAUGAAGAACGAAACUUUAUUACCAGUGAUGGUUUGGAUUCACGGUGGUGGAUUUCAUUUAGGAAGCAGUGGUUUAAAUUUCUAUGGUCCUAAAUAUUUAAUGGAUAAAAAUAUUAUUUUUGUCUCAAUGAAUUAUCGUUUGGGAAUUCUUGGUUUUCUUACAACGGCCGAUAAUAUUGCAUCGGGAAAUUUUGGACUGAAAGAUCAAGUAUUGGCACUGAAAUGGAUUCAAAAUAAUAUUCGUGUUUUUGGUGGUGAUCCAAAACGUGUGACAAUAUUCGGUGAAAGUGCCGGAGGUGCUUCUGUCUCAUUUCAUGCGCUGUCAGAUAAAUCCAAUGGCCUUUUUCAUCAAUAUAUUGCACAAAGUGGUAAUGCAUUGGUUCCAUGGGGUUUUAGAGAUAAAAAUGAAAUUAAAUCUGACGUUAAAAAGAUUGCAAAAAAAUUUGAUUGCUCCAUAAGUAAUUCAAAAUUAAUUGUAAAUUGUCUACGCAAUGUGGAUUAUUAUAAAUUAGUAAAUUUAACGACAUACAAUGUUUUGGAUUUUCCUGAAAUAUCAUGGUUGCCAACAAAUGAAAUUGAAUCGAACGAUGCAUUUUUAACGGAUACACCUGAGAAUUUAAUUAAUGAAAAUAAAUUAAGAGACUAUCCACUAAUGAGUGGUUCUGUUGCCGAUGAAGGACUAUACGUUACUGCGCCCUUUUAUGCAAACAGUACUUCAAGAUCUAUUGAAAAUGUUCUCAAAAAAUGUAUCAAUGGAACGUUUAAUCGUUAUUCAUCGAUUAAGGAUUUAUCGAAAUUUGUGACAAUUAUCAAGGACUAUUAUUUUAAUGGAACUAUUUUUUCCAGUAAAAAUAGGAUUUUAAAGAAUUUUACUAAAUUUGCCGGCGACAGUCAAUUUGUUUAUCCCGUUGCAAUUUUAACGGAAAAAUUGGCGAAAUUUGGAAAGAAACCUAUUUAUUUAUAUAUGUUUGGCUAUCGCGGUGAAAUAAGUUACCUGAAUAUGGAAUAUGGUCUGAGAAAAAAUAUAGGAGUAAAUCAUGCUGAUGAUUUAUUGUAUCUAUUAUCAGGAGAACAUUCAAAAUAUAUUUCACGAACAGAUGAAUAUGUCAUUGAUUUAAUGGUUGAUUUAUGGACAUCUUUCGCGAUAAAUGGAAAACCAACUUCUGGACAAUUAGCUGAUUCUAAUUUAUGGAAAUCUUAUUCGACAACAAAAAGUUUUCUUCAAAUUGGAAAUAUUUUAAAUAAUACCGAACCGUGUGUUACUUUACAAAAAGAUUAUCUUACAGAUCGUUUAAAUUUAUGGAAAAACAAUAAAAAAAAAAUUAUAACUAAUUUCAUCCGUUACUUUCUUUGUAAACUUUUAAAGAAUUCGAUAACAAUGAAUAUCAAUACGCAUGGGUCAUUAGUGUCAAUAUUAAAUUUAUUACUCAUAUCGUCGUUGAAUGCGGAAACUUUGAUAAAAAUUCCACAAGGAAUUCUUAAUGGAACAAUUUUUCAUGGUAAUAAUGGAAGAAAUUUUUCUGCAUUUAUUGGAAUUCCUUAUGCUGAACCACCAAUUGGAAAAUUGAGAUUUCAAAGUCCUGUAUCAGCAAAAUCAUGGAAUGGUGUACGUUCAGCAAUAGAAACACCAAAUAAAUGUCCACAAUUAUUUUUAAACGAAUAUGUAAUUGGCAAUGAGGAUUGUUUAUAUUUGAAUGUUUUUUCGCCAAUUGUGAAUUUCAAUUCGUCAUUGGAGAAACACAGAAAGAAUGAUUCAUUAUUAUCGGUAAUGGUCUAUAUUCAUGGCGGAGGAUUUUUCAGUGGAAGCAGUGAUCCAAAAAUUUUUAAUCCAAAAUAUCUUUUACAAAAAGAUAUUCUUCUUGUAACAUUAAAUUAUCGUUUGGGAGUAUUGGGAUUUUUUUCCACAGGCAAUGAAUAUGCACCGGGAAAUUUUGGAUUGAAAGAUCAAGUUUUAGCUCUCAAAUGGAUUCAAAAUAAUAUUCAAUUUUUUGGUGGUGAUCCAAAACGUGUGACAAUUUUUGGUUCAAGCGCCGGAGGUGGUUCGGUUAAUCUUCAUGUACUCUCAAAUGCAACUCACGGACUCUUUCAUCAAUAUAUUAUUCAAAGUGGAAGUAUAUUGAGUCAAUGGGGUUACAGAAACAGAACUUUUUUCCAAUCUUUUGCAAAUGAAUUUGCCGAUAAAGUUGGAUGUAUAAAAAAUAAUUCACAAGUUCUAGUUGAAUGUUUACGUGAAAUAAAUGUCGAAAAAUUGGUAAUGCCCGUGAAAUAUGAACAUUUUGAUUUUCCCAUUUUAUAUUGGACACCAACCGAUGAAUUAGAAUCAAAAGAUGCAUUUUUAACAGAUAGUCCACGUAAUUUAAUUAGUCGAAAUAAAAUGAAAGAUUUACCAUCAAUAAGCGGAAGUGAUCUCGACGAAGGAAUGAUCGUAACUUUACCCUUUUACGUUAAGGAGACAACGGAAUCAAUUAUGGAAACAUUUAAACGAACUAUUAAUUUCACUGCUACUCAUUAUAUGAAACCUGAAGAAACAUACAAAUUUGAUAAAAUAAUUCAAGAUUUUUACAUCAAUGAAGCUGUCGCAAAGAAUGAAAGCAAACUUCUUGAAAGUUAUACAAAAUUUGUCGGUGACAGUGGUUUUAUCUAUCCAAAAUUGAUAUUAGUGGAAAAUAUUGCAAAAACAAAAAAAAGUCCAAUUUACUUUUAUUCAUUUGGUUAUCGUGGAAAUGUGAAUUUAAUUUUUUUUGAAAGAAAUAUAACGGAUAAUUUUGGAUCACCUCAUGGCGAUGAUAUUCUCUAUUUAUUUGCCAUGGUACCAUCGAAUCUUGUCACAAAAAAAGAUGAACAAAUGAUUGAAUUAAUGGUCGAUUUUUGGACGUCUUUUGCAAUAAAUGGAAAACCAACUUCCAUGCAUUUAGAAAAUCCAAAUAUGUGGAAACCCUAUCAGGAAAAUAAUAGUUUUCUACAAAUAGGAAAUAUAAAAAAUAAUUUCGAACCAACUGUAACAGUUGAAAAUAAUUAUUUACCAAAUCGAAUGAAUUUUUGGAAAGCAAAUUUUCCUUUAUUGUAAAAAUUUUAUCGAAAAAAUUAUUAAACAUUCAUUGAAAUUUUGUUUAACGAACGAUUAUUUUAAUUAUAAAAAAAAUUAAAUUUACUUUUCAAUAAAGUGAGAUAAAAAUUUGAA